AUGCCGAAGAGGAAGACUGUCAGCCAACUGCAGAAGCUGUGCUUGGAGAAUGUGGCUAACAAUAUGGACCGUGCCUGGGUCAAGGACUACAGACAGAACCACCUGGCUGGCUCUCUUGUCCUGAAGCUGUUCUACAUAGUGGCCAAGACUGAACAACGAACCUCUGCCAUGCUCCACUCACUCUUUUUGCCACAGCUGAAGGAGCUGUAUCUGAGCAAAUGCCCUGAACUGGUCAAUGAGGUGACUGCCCAGAUCAUCACAAUGCGCUGUAAAAAUCUGUCUACACUGGACCUCAAGAAAUGUGACCUGAUCCCUGCAGAGGCUCUAGUAAAUCUGAUGAAAGGCCUGCCACAUCUUGUAGCACUAGACCUCUCUGAGACACAAUGCAACACCCAAGUAUUAUCAGCUGUGGGUUCCUCCUGCCAACAUCUUCAAAAACUGGACAUCCUUAACUGCAAGAGACUCUUACCAGAUUCCCUCCUCUAUUUGGCUUAUGACCCUGUUGCCAGCUCCUUCUGCUGCCCAGCACUGCAGCAGCUUAGAGUUCAUGGGUUGCAGCCCAUCCCUAAAAGUCAAAGCCUGACCUGGGCUCUGGCCUUUUUGUUAUUGGCAUUACCCAGGCUGAGGAUAUUGAUCCAUGAUCUUCUCCCAGAAGCCAUGUGUCUGAUCCACAAUCAACAUUUGGAUAGUGCUCAGAUGCCCUCUGGGUUUCCGUCCCUAGUUCAGCUGGCACAGGGCAGGCCGUUUCUUCAUGGAAAUGAGGAGCAAUCCAGAUAUAUUCUUGGCCUCAAAGAAGUUUUUAAUGUGAGCGAGUCCUUCUUGCCUGUAGCCAGUGCCAUGUGCCCAUACUUGGAAGAAGCAACAGUGUUUCAGGAAUGUAAUGGAAGUUUCCUCCAAAGUCUCUUGUCAUUCCGCUACCUCACCCAUUUGUCAGUCUUCAGUAUCAAUGGCAGGGACUUGGCAGACCUCUUCGCAGUGACUGCAUACCUUGGGCCCCAGCUUCAAUCCCUGUGGUGCAAGGACUUUGGCUAUUCAGAUGCCUUGUCUUUUCAUACCUUGCUGAGCCAUUGCCCAAAUCUGCAGGAAUUUGCUGCUUUCCUCCACCCCCAAGUGCCUCCCUACCGGCCAAACAUAGCCUUGGACCAUGGUACCAGCCCUACUUCCCUUAAAUUUCCCCUGCUUUGUUAUUUUACCUUAGAUCUUUUUGAAAAAGAGAACCCCUUGUCUUGCCAACAUGCCACACAGGUUAAGAAUUGCCUUAUCUCUGUGUUCCAACAUUCCCCAAUGCUGGAAAUCAUGUCCCUGUACAGACUGCCCUUCUCCCUGGAUAAUUUGUUUGAGAAGGUGCUGGAACCUCCUAGCCAUGCCCUGGCAAACCUUAUUAGUCUUUCACUGACGGAAAAUGAAGUCUCCAUUCACACUAUCCACUUGCUGUUGUCUGCAGACAAUGAGCUGAGCUUCCUUGAGUUGCAUAGGUGCCCAGAUAUCAACAAGAGAGCCUAUGAAGAGCUCCGCCAGAGGAUCAGUAGGCAGGGCCUUGAGGUGCGAAUCAACUGGGAGGAAACCCCAUCUCCCACAGAGAAUGACCUUCCGUUUUAG